AUGUCCAGCUCCCAGCACUCCCUAGUCAUGCCCUCGGCGGAUCACCUCCCGAGUCGCCCGGAAUCUUACCCGGUCGAGAAGGCGAGAAUCGACCUGAUGAUACCUACGAAUCUGCUCGUUCUGCCCGCGUCGGCGGCGCUGGUCGGGCUUGUGAUUGGCAUGUCGCGUGGAGGGUCAAGGGCGAGGUUGAGGUUUUUGGCGGAGAAUGCGCAUAGGCCGCCUACCACGAUACAGGGAUGGUACUUUUACACCAAAACACGAAACUACAGAGUCUUCUUCUCCGCGGCCAAGAUGGGCGCCAAGUAUGCACUGGGUCUCGGAGGCGCCACAGCGGGAUUCGUACUGCUCGAUGAGGGUGCUGGGUGGGUUAGGGAGCGGGUCGUAGGGGUAGAAGCUGCCGGGACGCUGGAUAGGAAAGGGAAGGGACGGGCCGUGGAUUCUACUUCGGACGGAGGGGAGACCUUACGGAUGGAAGAGGAGAAGUUGAUCCGGGGUAGGAAAGGGUGGAGAAAGGGCGCGGUGCAUUGGGAAGAUGGGGCGGUGGCGGGGAUGGUGAUGGGUGCUGGGGUGGGAUUGCUCUAUACAUUACCUCGUCCACUGUUCAUUCGGGCAUUAGUAAUGGGUACUCUUCUCGGCGGAGCUACGUCCGGUCUGCAAGCGGCACAAGAUUACGUCGGGAGAUUACGCGUCGAGCAGGCAUUACAUGAGCCUAGAUCGGCGACGGCGUUACCUCCGCCAGAACAGACGGCAGGUGGAACAGGAGCAACAGGGGAUGUGCGCGUUGAUCGGCCGGCGCAGGUAGGGGAGAAGAUGGGAGGGGUGCCUGUGGAUGAGACCAGACCGGUCCCUGGUCAGGCGGCGGCGGCAGCGUCAGGUGGAGGCAGUAGCUGGUAUAGCUGGAUUCCGGGAUUAGGGAAGUGA